UUUGAUAAUACUCAAAACAUAUUAUAUAUAUAUAUAUAUAUAUAUAUAUAUAUAUGUAUAGAGAGAGAAACAAUUUGAAAGAAAAAUAAUUAUAUUUGUUGAAAAAUAUAACAACUGAAAAAAUGUUUGUUAAUCGAUUAACGCAAGGUUUUCGUUAUUUUGAAAUUUCAUCAACUCUCUACUUUUUAUUUAUUCUCAUUCUAAUAAAUAAAAGUAAUGCACAAGAUAAUGAAUGCGAUUUUGGAAUAUCGUUAACGACUAUUUUAUCAACAGAAUCUAUAAGAAAUACUAAUUAUCCAAAUAAAAAUUCUGGAGCUGAACAUUGCACAUGGCACGUCGCGACUGAUGCUAACGCUCGUGUUAAUAUGACAUGUAAUGAGUUUGAUGUACCUUCUUCGCUUCUUUGUGCCACUCAAUCUUUAGAUGUUUACACAAAUCCCGGUGCACCUAUUGCAAAUCUUAUACCUCAAAUAUAUUGUGGAACUGGAUCAUUUAGCCUGAUGUCAGUAAAUAGUUCACUAGACAUUAUUUAUAGAAGUACGCUUUUGGGUAAACCAGCAAGAUUUUAUUGUACAGUAUCGGUAUUUGUACCAAAUCAGUAACAUUAAGUGGGAUGAAGAAAAAAAUUUUAAAUAUUAAAUAAAAAUAUUUUUUUUUUUUUAUUUCAUUUUUACUUAUUACUAUUACUAUACUCUCUAAAUUUGAAUUAGUAUAGUUUUCAACUAAUGAAAGAAUGCCUAUUUGUUUAGCAAUUGAAUUAGUAACAGUUAUGACUAAUUCUUAAUAAAAAAAAAAAAAAAAAUCAGGAAAAAAAAAAGUUGCGCCUACAUCUAGGGUUUCGUGGCUUUUUAAAUUCAGAUCAAAAGUUAUUUGAAUAAAUAACUGAAAAAUAAUUGAAAAAUAACUUUUGCCAUAGUAAGUAACUGUUGACAUAGUAACUAUUGCCAUAAAAAGUAACUAUUACCAUAGUAACUUUUGCCAUAGUAACUGUUGCCAUCGUAACUAUUACCAUAGUAACUUUUGCCAUAGUAACUAUUGCCAUAGUAAGUAACUGUUACCAUAGUAACUAUUGCCAUAGUAAGUAACUGUUACCAUAGUAAGUAACUGUUACCAUAGUAACUAUUGCCAUAGUAACUUUUGCCAUAGUAACUUUUGUCACAGUAACUAUUGCCAUAGUAACUAUUGCUAUAGUAACUAUUGCCAUAGUAACUUUUGCUAUAGUAAGUAACUAUUGCCAUAGUAACUUUUGCCAUAGUAAGUAACUGUUACCAUAGUAACUAUUGCCAUAGUAAGUAACUGUUACCAUAGUAACUGUUACCAUAGUAACUAUUGCCAUAGUAACUAUUGCCAUAGUAACUUUUGCCAUAGGAAGUAACUGUUACCAUAGUAACUAUUGCCAUAGUAACUUUUGUCACAGUAACUAUUGCCAUAGUAAGUAACUGUUACCAUAGUAAUUAUAUUGCCAUAGUAACUUUUGCCACAGUAAGUAACUUUUGACAUAGUAACUGUUGCCAUCGUAACAAUUACCAUGUAACUUUUGACAUAGUAAGUAAGUUUUGCCAUAGUAACUGUUGCCAUCGUAACUAUUGCCAUGGCAACUUUUGCCAUUGUAAGUAACUGUUGCCAUCGUAACUUUUGCCAUAGUAAGUAACUGUUGCCAUAGUAACUUUUGCUAUAGAAACCAACUGUUACUAAAGUAACUGUCGCCUUAGAAACCAAUUGUUACCAUAGUAACUGUUGCCAUGGAAACUGUUGCCAUGGAAACGGUUACCAUGUACGACGGACGAACGGAUGGACGCCAAUUCGAAACUAUAAAGGCUUUCGGCCCUGGGCCACGAAACCCUACAAAACCACUAAUUGCUAGUAGAAAACUACUAAUUCAUGGAGUCAAUUGACUUAUUAAUUUGAAAUAGUAAAAAAUACUAUUUACCCCAUAAAUUAUUAGUUUUCUACUACCAAUUAGUAGUUUUUUACGAAAAAUUUGUCAAAACUGUUACUAAUUCUAUUGGUAAACGUAGUAGAAAACUACUAAUUUAGAUUUAGAGAGUAUAUUAUUAUUGUUUUCUUAUGUAUAUUAUUAAUCAAAUAAAUGUAAAACUUGAUUAUAAAAUAAUCAUUAUUAAAUAUGUAAACCAUUGAAUUUAAAAUAAAAUGAUAUAAUUUAAAUUAA